AUGGCUCUGACAGAUAUCCCAGACGAGAUGGAGGCGUGCCAGGUUGUGGAGUUCCACAAGCCCUACGUUGUUCACAAGAUCCCGACCCCUAAGAACUUGAAAGGAUACGAGAUCCUCAUCAAAACGGCAGUGGCUUCACUAUGUCACACCGACUUCAUGGUGAUGGAAGGCUAUUUCCCAACCCCGAUACCCUGCACAGGAUCACACGAAGGCAGCGGUGUAGUCGUGGCUGUCGGUCCAAAGGUCGAUAACUUCAAGCCAGGCGAUCGUGUCAUGUCUGGCAUGGGUAGGGGGCGAUGUGGAGACUGCAUCGAGUGUAACUCCCAUGACGACCAGCGUCAAUACUGCCAGAAGGUCGAUGGGUACCUGGGCAUUUUGAUAGACGGAGCGUUCGCCGACUAUCACAUUUCUGACAGCCGAACCACGGCGCAUCUGCCUGACUCUGUCAGCUUCCUCAGUGCUGCACCGCUAGCCUGUGCAGGGACUACUGUCUACCGCACAAUCAACAUGAGCAAUGUCAAGGAAGGGGGCUGGCUCGCCAUUGUUGGUGCCGGUGGUGGACUUGGCCAUCUUGGCAUCCAGUUCGCAUUGGCGCGAGGUAUCAACGUGGUCGCUAUUGAUGCGCGCGAUGAGGGCCUUGCCCUUUGCAACAAGGCUGGUGCCAAGGUCGUCCUUGACGCCCGCGAGGGGCUCCAAUCAGUCGUCAAGGCUGUUCAUGCUCUUACCGAUAAUCGUGGUGUUGAGGCUACGAUUAACCUGAGCGACCAUGAUACAGCUGCCGCAACUGGUUGCGCAGUGACCAGAAUGCAUGGAACCAUGAUCCAGGUCGCACAACCUGACGUGGUCAACAUCCCUUUCAAGGAGCUUGUUUUCCGUGAUAUUCGGGUUAUUGGCACUCUAGGGGCUGGACAAGAAGUUACCCAGGCCAUGGUGAACGAUGUAGCCAAGUACAAUAUCCAGGUGGAGGUGAACAAGUAUAACGGUCUUAAGGAAAUCCCAAAGAUGGUCGAGCUGGCACACUCUGGGAAAAUGAAGGGCAAGGCUGUCUGCGUCGUUGAUGAGUCUCUACUUUAA